GAAGCAACCCUUGUCCUUGUACUUCCUCCAAAAGAAAACAUCAAGAUGGCCAUGCUUGCACGCGCGAUGCGCUCGGCGACCACUGGUGCCCGCCGCAUGAAGCACACCCUGCCUGACCUGGCCUACGACUAUGCCGCGCUCGAGCCCGUCAUCUCGGCCAAGAUCAUGGAGCUGCACCACAGCAAGCACCACAACACCUACGUGAACAACCUCAACAUUGCCGAGGAGCAGUACGCCGAGGCCGUGCAUACGGGUGAUUUGACCAAGGCCAUUGGUCUGCAGAGCGCCAUCAAGUUUAACGGUGGUGGCCACAUCAACCACUCCAUCUUCUGGACCAACCUGGCCCCCAAGGAACAGGGCGGUGGCGAGCUUCAGGAUGGUGAGCUCAAGACGGCCAUCGAAGAAGCAUUUGGCUCUGUCGAGACGAUGCAGCAGAAGCUCAACGCCAUGACGGCCGCCGUCCAGGGCUCUGGCUGGGGCUGGCUCGGUUACAACAAGGCCAGCAAGCAGCUGCAACUGGCCACCUGCGCCAACCAGGAUCCUCUCGAGACGACCCAUGGCCUUGUUCCCCUCUUUGGCAUUGAUGUCUGGGAACACGCUUACUAUCUUGAUUACAAGAACGUGCGCCCCGACUACCUCAAGGCCGUUUGGGAGAUUGCCAACUGGCAAAAUGUCGAGGAGCGCUACCAAGCCGCCAAGCUCUAAGUGUUUGAUCUGGUACUUGCUCAUCAUAAGAAUUCAAAAGGUGCAAGAAACAUGGUUGAAAUCCUUGUGUCAUCGCUCAACGAGCCAGAGUUACAUCCACGUGGGAUGCAGGCAUCGCUGAUAGUGAUCGAUUGGGUUACUUCUUUCCUCGAAUGUCGGUGAAGAUAAAUUUAUCCACCACAUCAAUUGAUCACGCGAAACUCUC